GCUGUUUACCCUUGGACAGGCCUCGACAAUUUGUAACCCUUAGCAAAUCUACAGCAGCUCCAACUCAUAUAAGCACAAAUUAGAGCCGGCCUCCAAAAGCUGGUGGAAAUCCGCACUGCUCGAUGCUCAAGAAUUUGGCAAGCCAUCAACAUUUCAGAGGGUACUUUAAAUGUUUUGCUUUGAGACCUAAUACAGCAUUUCCCGCUUGUCAACAUGAACAGCCCAGGCAAAAAAAAAAAAAAAAAAAAAAAAAAGCAAAGUACAUUUCCCUCAGUACCAGUCAGAUGUUACACUCAGUCGCUGAACCAAUCUCACCUACAGGGGCUGUGGAGACCAGAAGAAUCGUGUCUGGAAUUAUCUCUUCUGUAUCCUGGAUUCUGUUGACGAAGCUUGCCUCGAGAUUCCUGAACAUGGAGAAAUAGAGAGAUAAACCCAAAAGAGAGGGAGUAAAUGGUUCACAAUCUUGAUCUUUGCCUCCAGAAGCGAGAAGAUGGACAACUCAACCUCAGAGCCUCCAAAGCAGCCCUGCUCCUGGAACGUCCUGAUCACACGGCAGAUCAUUCCCGGGUUGUACUGCGUGGUCUUCAUCACGGGGAUUCUUCUCAACGGAAUAUCAGGAUGGAUAUUCUUUUAUGUGCCCAGCUCCAAGAGUUUUAUCAUCUAUCUCAAGAACAUAGUUGUGGCUGACUUUCUCAUGGGCCUGACUUUCCCUUUCAAAGUCCUUGGUGACUCGGGUCUCGGUCCCUGGCAGGUGAAUGUGUUUGUGUGCAGGGUCUCUGCCGUGAUCUUCUAUGUUAACAUGUACGUCAGCAUCGUGUUCUUCGGGCUCAUCAGCUUUGACAGGUACUAUAAGAUUGUAAAGCCCCUUUUCACUUCUAUCGUGCAGUCAGUGAACUACAGCAAACUGCUGUCCGUGCUUGUAUGGACGUUCAUGCUUCUCCUUGCCGUCCCAAACAUCAUUCUGACAAACCAGAGCGUCAAGGACGUUGAGAAAGUACAGUGCAUGGAACUCAAGAAUGAGCUGGGGCGGAAGUGGCACAAGGCGUCUAACUACAUCUUCGUGAGCAUUUUCUGGAUUGUGUUCCUCCUGUUAAUCAUCUUCUACACGGCCAUCACGAGGAAGAUCUUUAAGUCUCACCUUAAGUCCAGAAAGAAUUCCAUCUCGGUCAAAAGGAAGUCUAGCCGCAAUAUAUUCAGCAUUGUGUUCGUAUUUGUUGUCUGCUUUGUGCCUUACCACAUUGCCAGGAUCCCCUACACAAAGAGCCAGACGGAGGGUCAUUACAGCUGCCAGGCCAAGGAGACCCUGCUCUACGCGAAAGAAUUCACUCUGCUACUCUCUGCUGCAAAUGUGUGUCUGGACCCCAUUAUUUAUUUCUUCUUAUGCCAGCCAUUUAGAGAGGUCUUAAAUAAGAAGUUACACAUGUCACUGAAAGUCCAGAAUGACCUAGAGACUUCCAAAACCAAAAGGGAAAAUACAAUUCACGAAAGCACCGAUACUUUGUAAGCUGCCAUCCCCGUUCCAAUUAUUAUCGGUCUUGUUACAGGAUAAUUAAGAUUUACGAAUAAAAAGCAGGCUUAAGACAACGAACAGCUUAGCCAGCAAUGUUAUCUAAUAAUGUGUAUGAAGUCCAAAAAAAAAAAAAAGUAUAAUAAAAAUAAAAUAUAAGUUUUCAUGUAAAAUGAAAGGCUGUGGCACAUCACAAUUUUCUAAAACAAAAUGAAUGGAGGAAGUGGCAUGUGGGUGCUGGUCUGUGAGUUACCAAAACUCAAUCCGUCCUCUUCUAUUCACUGGCUUCUUAGAAGACACCCAGUCUUUCAGAUGUUCCUCCUAAGCAUUCUUCUAAGUAACACUCACAACCUAUUUCAUACUUUGUACUAUGUAUGUGUCAAUAAACAAGUUGUUUUCAAAA